CUAAAAGCGCGCGUGUGAGGUUGAAGGUCAGCCGAAAACAGGUGUAGAUGGAGAAUGCGGUUCCUGAGUUCGCUCGUCGUUUGUACAAAGAGUGGCGUGAUUUUACAGCUGAACCAGUCGAAGGUAUCCAGUUGAUGCUUAAUGAGCAAGAUAUGACGGAAGUUCAAGUUGUACUUGACGGUCCUGUUGGUACCCCUUAUGAUGGUGGCAAAUUCCGUCUGAAGAUGUUGAUCCCUAUGCAGUAUCCGAUGGAAGCGCCGAAGGCUUACUUUUGCACGAAGAUAUUCCACCCAAACAUAGCACCAAACACCGGAGAGGUUUGCGUAAACACACUGAAGAAGGAUUGGAAAUCUAAUUUAGGACUACGACAUAUCCUUCUAACUAUAAGGUGUUUGUUGAUAGAACCCAAUCCAGAGUCAGCUCUUAAUGAGGAAGCUGGAAAAUUGCUAUUAGAAGAUUACAGUGAAUUUGUGGCAGAAGCUCGGCUCCUCACAGAAGUACAUGCUUACUGGCACGUUCGGGAACAAGCGAAAGUCAGUAGUCAGAAGUUGCAUCAAGACGACCAUGCAAGUGUCGAUAUGUCAGGCAAUUCGACUGAUGCGCGUACACAUUCUAAAGUGACACAACGCAAUAACUCAUCAUUUCGUAAAGCGCUCAAACGGUUGUAGUACCUAAGAGCGCAAUGUUCCCUGAAUGAAGACUUGUAAUGAAUAAUCUAUACCUUGUGCAUUUAUGUAAAUUAUAUGAUAAUUGUACUUUAGCUUACUUUUAAUUCCUCCCAUUGAAUAUUUCAGUUGAUAACACAAAAACAGUAGCUGAAUUUAUUACCACGUGAAUCAACCUAUUAGUGACAAUAUGAUCUAAUUACAUCAAGCUACAUUUUCCGAACCCUAAUCAAAGAUCUAAAUUAUUAGACGUGCAUAAAACCUAUAAAAUGCGGUAUGAUUAGUACGAGCAAACUCG